AUGGAAGACCCAGUCUCCGAAAUCCCAAGAGUAAUCCAACACCUCACGCAAUCGCCCCCGACGCAACAAUCCGAAACCAUCGACAAAUUCUUCACCCCAGAUGCCUCCUUCGUACACCCUUUCUGCCGGAUCCAUCAUUUCCGAGGCAGUCGCUGGGUCGUGAAAAAGAUCUACCAAUGGUAUAAAGUGAUGUCGCCGCGCAUUGAGAUGAAGAUCCACUCUAUUGCAUAUGAUUCCGACAACCAAAAACUCUACGUGACAAUGUCUCAGAUCUUCACGAUCUGGAUCGUUCCGUUUCAUGUUGCGCCUGUGACGCUUACGACUGUGUUAUCGCUAACUACAAAUCCGAAUGGCUACUUAUCUUCUUCCCCUUCGACCACGGCGUCCUCGGAAAAAUCACACCAGCCAAACGAAGAAGGAGCAAGCUACGCCGACGUCGUCGCCAACGGCAACCCAGAUAGCAAGACGCCCCUAACCACCCACACAAACGGUCACCGCAAGCUCUAUUACAUCACCAAACAAGAAGAUCUAUAUCAAACAUCAGAAUUUAUCAAGUUUGUCCUCCCGCAUAUCGGGCACUGGAUUGUAUUAGCGAUACAUGCAUUCGCGACGGUGUUCUGCGUGCUGGGGGUCUUUCUGUGGUGGCCGUUUGUGUGGAUGGAGGAGAAGGGGUGGAUUCCCGGGUUAGUUUUGAGGGGUGGAAAUAUUGUUUAUGAUAUUGGUUGGAAGAAAAGAGCGAUUGGGUCUGCGUCUUCCUAA